AUACAGCCGUCAGCAGUCAGUGGUUGUUGAAAUAUUGUUUACUUUUGCGUGUUAUACCUUAUACGCCGUAUUUUAAUGAGUCGUAUAUAUUAUUAUACUUAUUACUUAGUUCUCGAACGACGCAUCUCUAAUACCACAGAACACAGCACGGCAAUUUAUAGUAUAGAUUUGCUAGGUUAGGUAAUAACACUAAUAACUAUGACCGUUGUAGAACGUGUUACGGAUUUAGUGUUUAGUAAACAUUUUCGCCGCAUCUGUCGUAGAGCUCAAGUGGUAUGUAGGGUUAAGGAGCGAUAAUACUAUAAUGAAUAGGAGGUACCUAAUGGUUUGUAACUCGUGAAUGAUAUGAAAUAGUCAUUGUAAAAAUAGGUUUUUAAAUGUCUGUACUCUGUAGUUACAGUAUAAUAAAUUGACUCAUUGUUGUUGAAGUGUUUUAAUAUACAUUGGGUAGUUGAAAAGUUAAAACAUAUUAGUGUACCAGUAUUCGAAUAAGUACAAUUUACUUUAUUAUUUUUAUAAUUUAUAGUAAUUCGAUAUUGUAUCACAGUAAACCAUGCCUCGCGCGUGUAGUGUUGUUGGGUGCACAACAGGAUAUAAAUCUAAUCGCUGUAAUAUAUCUACUUUCUCAUUUCCCAAAAAUAAUAAUUUGAGACAAAAGUGGAUUAAUGCAAUACCCAAUAAAAAUGUUGUUGUUAAUAAGAAUUCAGCAGUUUGUGCUAAUCAUUUUCUCGAUGAUCAAAUUAUUAGAACAUGGACUUCAGGGACAGGUGACAAACAAGUGUGUAUAAAUUUCAAGUAUCCAAAACUAAAAAAAGAUGCUAUUCCAUGUAUGUUUUUCCCUGAAAGAAGAUAUUUAUCUACUCCACAGACUAAUAUACAGUCUCAUGGUAAUCAAGACUGUACAUUAAAUAAAUUGAUCUCUGAAAACAUUAAAGUAAUAGAGGUUAAACCCGAGGUUAAAUCUGAAGUAUCUGAAUCUUCUAGUAGUGAUGAUCUUGAUCCAGAAUUUGUUCAAUCUCCUGUUUUGUCGACAGAACAUAAAUUUGAAAACAUAUGUUGUGAUCUUGAAUCAACUGGACUUCCAAAUAAUUGGAAAUAUGAGAUACACAGAGGAAAGAAACCAUAUAUUGUAUUAUAUACAAUAAAAUGUAAUAACUAUGAUGCUGAAAUUAUUAUUGAAAAACAGAUUUUUCUUGAAUCAGACAUGAUUAUGAAAUUCAAAAUAUAUGAUAUGAAUAUAACCCUUCAAGAUUUGUGUCAAAAUUCAAAUAUCUCUUCAUUGCAUGAAUUAAUUUCAAUUAUGAAUAUUUUAAAUUCUAAAAAAGUAUGUGCCGGUGGACCUUUAAUUCGAGAAUUUGAAGGCAUAACAGUUAAAUGUGCAAAUAUAAUUGCUCAAAAACAUUGGCAACAUAAAAAAUGUCCAUAUUUAAUUGAUAUGUCAUAUAUUAAAUGUUCAUUUUGUGAAACCUUAAGAAGUAUAUUUCAUAUGAAAAGAUCAAGGCUACGUUUAAAAAAAUCUACUAAAUUAUUCAUAUCACUUGCAAAAAAAAAACGAUUGGAAGAGUAUCGCAAUAAAAACAUCUCUCAUAAUUAACACAAACUAAUAAUUAACAAUUAAAAAUUGGGUAGUCCCAUCAUGACUAAUUAUAUUAUUAUUCUAAUACAGCACUGUUGUUCAAAACAAUUACAAAGAAUAAAAAGAAACAGAGAGAAGAAAUUACUAAAUUCGUCUACCUAAAAUAUGCUUUAUAAUUAUCUAUAUAA